AUGGGUUUAGAUCCUAUGAACCAAUCUAUAGCCAAGAAUGCAACUGAUGGAACUUUUAUGGACAAGACAUUCACAAGGGUCACACAAAUCCUUGACAAAAUGGCACAACAUAAUCAAGCUUGGCACUCAGAGGACACCAUAGGUAGAAUUGCAUAUGGUUCUCCUUCCUUGACCAACAUGAUCAUGGAAAAUCAAGAGAGAGAUCAAGUAAUCGCAGGGCUUGCCACCAAUGUCAAUGUGUUGGCAAAGAUGUUCACCAAAAGCCAAACGAAGAAGGUAAAUGUGGUGGAGGAUGUGCAACCCAUAUCAAAUGAAGACUUUGAGGAAGCAAACUAUGUCAGCAACUCUCAAGGAGGAUAUCAAAGGCAACAAUACCAAGGAUCCGAACAAGAGGUUGAGGUUGAAGAGCCAAGUGUUAUUGAGGUUGAAAAGGUUCCGGAAGAGCUGAGAGUGCAAGAAGAAAAUAUGGAAGAGGUAAAGGAAAAGAUGCCGGGUUUUGCUAAAUAUUUGAAAGACUUGAUUACCAAGAAGAUAACCACCAAGUAUGAAGUGGUGAAUGUGACUCACCGGGUUAGUUCCAUUAUUGCAACAUCCACCAUUCAAAAGAAAGAAGACCCGGGAGCUUUCACCAUUCCAUGUACUGUUGGGACACAUGAUUUUGCAAGAGCCCUUUGUGAUAAUGGGGCUAGCGUCAACUUAAUGCCUCUUGCCAUUUACAAGCAAGCAGGGUUAGGUAUGCCAAGGCCCACAAGUAUGAGAUUGCAAAUGGUCGAACAUUCCAUAAAGAGACCGGUGGGAAUUGUCGAUGAUGUGCUUGUAAAAGUCGGAAAGUUUCUUUUGCCUACCGAUUUCAUAAUCCUUGAUUGUGUAGUUGACAAAUAG